AUGGCAAUGCUGGAGACCAAUCUGGCUGAAGAAAACAAGCAAAGACUGAAGAGUGUGGUGGUGUCUUAUGGUCAGAGUGGUGACCGGAAGAGAAAGAGGGAUGCGGCCGAAGGGGGUAAAACCUCAAGUGGUAGGCCUGAGUGUCCCAAAUGUGGAAAACACCAUGGAGGCGAGUGCUGGAAGGCUAUGGGAGCUUGUACCCGUUGUGGUAAGAUGGAUCACUCAGCUCGAGACUGUCCUGGACCGGAGAGGAACCGUGGGCAAGGCUCGACCAGUGAGGCCAGGACUUGUCAUCAGUGUGGCAAGAGAGGGCAUUUCCGUGUGGACUGUCCUCAGUUGCAAACUGGACAAGGGAGGGGUCGUGUUGAGAACAACCGACCAGACCACAAGCAAGGCCAAACCUCAGCGCCUCGAGUCUAUGAGCUUUCAAGGGAUGUGGAUGAGUCCGGACCCUUCAAGGCGAUCACUGAUAUGAUUGGAAAAGGUAUGUUCCAAAUGGGAACCAGGAAUGAUCUUGGCUUGGUGAGUGCAGCCGGUGGGCUAGUUAUGCAUUCACAAGGUCUAGUUAAAGACAUUCCAGUGAUGAUCCAGGACAGGGUAAUGCAUGUGGAUCUGAUUGUGGUCCGCCUUAAGAAUCACGAGGUGAUCCUAGGCAUGGACUGGCUUGGCAAGAAUCGGGCCACCUUAGACUGUCAUCGAGGAAGGGUGCAGUUUGAGAGUGGGUGUGGACCUCCGAUCAAGUACCAAGGUAUUAAUCCGGCCUUUGGAUGCUGUGUUAUCAGCAGUCCGUGCGGAAAGGAUGCUGGAACAAGGUUGUGA